GGAUCCCUCGGCUUUCACACCCCGCUCUUUCUGUCUCUGCUCCGAAGACAGGGGCGAGAGGAGGUCUCGGGACCUGCGAGCCAAGGAGAAAGAAGGAGAGGAGAGGGCCAAAGAAAGGGAAAGGGAGAGAUAAGAAGCUUUGGAGAAACUCUCCCAAGGAUCCAUUUGCUUGACAAGAGGUAAAGGGAAAACAAGGAAUGCUUCAUGGAUUCCUUUGUCCAAGUUUAUGCUGUAGUGAUAUAAUAUGUUGGAGGAUCAGGGUAUGAGUACAUGACCAGGGUUAAAAGUAAAGAAAAAAGGGGUGGCUCGUAGGAACAAUAGAAAAAAGUUAAAAAAUGCAGACAACCAAAACAAGCAGGAGUGCAUCUUCAGAAGGUCCUCAGAGGACAUCUCCAGCCACCCCUAGAUCGAAUCGUCUGCCCAAGGCAGCUGGUUCCGAGCCCGACUCUGCUUCUCCAACAUGUCGACUAGCAAAGACUUUAACUGAUAGAAGUCCUAAGGUCAUCGAACGUCGAUCACCUAGAACUCCAGUACGUGAGAAGAAGCUUCCAAGCAGGGUGUCUGAGUUGGAAUGUCAACUCGUCCAGCUCCAAGAGGAUUUAAAGAAGGCAAAGGAACAGCUGAGCUCAUCUGAGUCAUCAAAGAAGCGAGCAAAGCAGGAAUCAGAAGAGGCCAAGAACCAGCUCUUUGUCGUAUCUGCGAAACUUGAAGAUUCCCAACACCAGCUUGUAGAGCUCUCUGCAGCAGAAGAGGCUAGGCUCCAAGAACUCUGCAAAAUCUCUCAGGAAAGGGAUCGUGUAUGGCAGUCCGAGCUUGAAUCCCUCCAGAAACAGCACUCUGUUGACUCAGCAGCUCUGGCCUCAUCCAUGAAUGAGAUACAGAGGUUGAAGCUGCAGCUGGAAAUGGUUCUCAAAUCCGAGGCUGCCCAAGCCAGGCAAUCUGAAGUGGAAAUUUCCGAGCUCCAGGCCUUGAAAAAAGAUAUGGAAGAGGCCAUAUCCAUCAUCGGAAGCCUAAAAGUUCAGCUUAGAGAGAGUGAAAAGGCAGAAGCUGAUGCAAAAGCAACAGUUAUUGAGACAAAACAGCAAUUGGAAAUAGCUAGAACGACUAUAGAGAAUCUCCUUAGUGAUGGAUCAAAAUUCAUGGAUUCUUUCAGCUUAGUGGCUUCUGAACUGGAGGAAUCCAGGGCUCGAGUGAAUUCACUUGAAGAAGUUGUGAGAAAAUUACACGAAGGUCAGUCUCUUGCUGGUAACCAAUCUUUGGCGCAUCAUAAUGGUGAUUGCUAUGAUUCACAGAAAAUCAGGUGCAACUCCCUGGAGUCGGAAAUGGAACAAUUGAGAUCGGCACUUGAGGCAGCUGAGAUGAAGUACCAAGAAGAACAGAUACAAAGGAUAUUGCAAACACAACAUGCUUAUGAAUUGAUGGAGCAAAUGAAGAUUGACUCUAGAGUGAGAGAAACCGAAUUAAAAUCAGCAUUGAACAAUUCGAAAACUGAGAUUAUUGUACUAAAGGCUAGUCUAUAUGACAAGGAAGCAGAACUUCGAAGCUUAUCAGCUAUGAACAAGAAGCUGCAUGAGGAGUUAGAAAAGGGAGGAACAAACCAAAUGGAAUCUGAAUUGGGUCUAGAGCUAAAACAAUCAAUUGCCAGCAUCAGGGAAUUGAAGGCGGAACUAAUGGAUAAGGAGACAACCCUGCAGAGCAUUUCAGAGGAGAACGAGCAACUGAAAUCUGAGAUGAGGAGGAGAGAAAUGGAGAGCCAUAAAGCUUAUCAAGCAGCAGUAGCUGAGGUUGAGAUGGCAAGAGCUGCAGAGAAGGAGGCAAUGACGAGGCUCGGAUUUGUUACCGAGGAGGCGGAUAAAAGCAGCAGGAGGGCUGCAAGGGUGACCGAGCAGUUGGAUGCAGCAAAAGCAAUGAGAUCAGAAAUGGAAGCUGAGCUGAGGAGGCUGCGGGUGCAAGCCGACCAGUGGCGGAAGGCAGCUGAAGCUGCCAUGGCUGUGCUUACAGCCGGCAACAAUGAGAGGCUGGUGGAGAGGACAGGCUCGCUGGAUUAUGAGUACCAUUCCGUCGAUAAGAAGCUGAUGAGCUCACCAUUUUCUGAUGAUCUGGAUGAUGAAUCUCAAAGGAAGAAGAACAAUAAUGUGCUAAGGAGAAUCAGCGGGUUGUGGAAGAAGGGCCAGAAGUUAUCUUAGUGAGCAUCUCCAGAGCCAAGAGUUAUUCAGUUGGGGAAUCCUUGAAGAGGAAAGGGGCAACACAUCUGCAGAAGGGCGAUGGCUACAGCUUCAGGUUGCUCUUUCUCUGUGCAAACGCAGACCUUGCUCUUUUACUUGCUAGUAUUCCAGACACUAUGUAUAAAUGAUUCCCAUUUUUCCUUGGAAUAUAUAGUUUUUGCCAACUGAACUUGUAGGUCCUUGAUGUGUUCAAAAAAUUCACAGAUCUUGAUUGCACUAUGAGGAUCGGACCUGAGUCAGAAUUUUGUUUUUUUUGCGUGCCAUUAGAUUUGCUAUUUGCUUGGCUUACCAGCAAUUGCAUUGACUAGACUUGUGGAAGAAUAAGAAUGCUCUUACACU